AUGUGCCAAGUGGGCCACCUCGACCCUGGCAGCCACCAGAAGGUGCUGAUGAAAACAGGCCUCAUCCUCCUCAUCUUUGGGCACCUCAACUUCAUCACUGGUGCCCUUGUCCAUGGCACUGUCCUCCGCUUCGUGGUCACCCGCCAGGAUGCCAUGUCCCUGCAGUAUGUCAUCAGCAACACUGCCUCUGUCAUCACUGCACUGCUGACCAUCUCCUGUGGAGUCACUGCCCUCAUGCUGUCCCGUUACCUGGGCCCUGCUGCCCUUAAAUGGCUUCUUCUCACCCUGAGCACCUGCAGCAGCCUGUGCUGCCUGUCCUGCCUGCUGGGGCUGGCUGUGGCCAUCGGGCUGACCCUGGGCAACCAGGGCCAGGCACUGCUGGCCCUGUGUGCUGACACCAACAUCGCCCUUGCCCCGGUGUCCCGCGAGUGUCCCUUCGAUCCCACCCGCAUCUACAGCUCCACGCUGUCCCUCUGGGCCAUCUCCCUCCUGCUCGAGUUGAUGGAGAUCAUCUUCAGCAUCCGCUGCCUCCUGCUCCCCCUCGACCUGCUGCGGCUCCUCGCCUGCCGCAGGGAACACCGGAGGAAGGUCUCCUUGCAGGCAGUCCCUGCGGAGAGCCCCAGCCCUGGGCAGUGCCUGGGAUUGCUCAGGCUGGACAGUGUGGAAAGUGCCCAGCUCUGA